AUGGGAGUUGUUCUGCUAGGCCUGAGCUUGAUGCUGUAUUUCUGGAAGAGGGAGAAGAAUGUUCCAAAGGGAAGAACAGGAGGAAGUAUUAGCAAGGACUUUGAGCUGCCAUUGAUCGAUUUACCUACAAUUUCAAAGGCCACCAAUAACUUCUCAAUCAACAACAAGCUUGGGCAAGGUGGAUAUGGGGUUGUUUAUAAGGGAACACUUGAAGACGGACAAGACAUUGCUGUGAAAAGCCUGGACUUUAUUCUAUUUGAUCAAACAAAAAAUUUCGGCCUUGCUAGAAGUUUUGGAGGGAAUGAGACUGGAGCUAUGACUGGUCGGGUUGUGGGAACACACGGAUACAUGUCGCCUGAAUAUGUUGUGGAAGGCUUGUUUUCGUUAAAAUCAGAUGUAUUUAGUUUCGGCGUUUUAGUGCUAGAAAUUGUGAGUGGAAAGAAAAACUGGGGAUUUUCUCAUAGUGAUCACAAACUCAACCUUCUUGGACAUGCAUGGAUACUUUACAAAGAAGGAAGGUCACACGAACUAGUCGACACUUGUCCAGAUGGUUCACAAUACUUGAACGAAGUGCUAAGAUCAAUUCAUGUUGGUCUGUUAUGCGUGCAAAAAUGUCCAGGAGAUAGACCAAACAUGUCUACAGUUGUUUUUAUGUUGGGGAAUGGAGGUGUGUUGCCUGAAGCUAAACAGCCUGGUUUUUUCACAGAAAGAGAUGUAUUUCCUGCUGAAAGUUCAACUAGCACAAAUGCAGUCAACUCAUCACACGAAAUGACCAUUACUCUGCCAGAAGGCAGAUAG